ACUCCUCCUCCGGGCGUCGCCUCUGUGCGAAUCCAACGCACCCACGGAACGCCAAUGGGAAGGUAGAACAACAGGUAGGCGUCCUCUAAUCGCGUCCCUCCGGAUAGUCGCUGUUUUCCGGGGAAAGUAGAGGACCCGCGCGCAGCAUGAAUGACACCUGAGCCCCGACUUCCUAAUGGUGAGCUCGGGUCACUUUCUGUUGGAGAGACGUCGGCCUGAGUUUCCUGUGGGCUUCGGUUGCUUUUGGCCGAGAGUCCGUUUCUUGACUUGUCGUUUGGAAUUAUUUUAUUUGUUGAAUCACACCGGGGGCGUCUCAAUGUGGAAGAUGCCAUAUUGUCCUCGGCGUUAAACUCUGUUCCUGUGGGAUUAAUUGGGAGAGGACACCCUGUGCCACAGCUGAUCCCGGGAGGUCAGACGCUCUCUGACCCUGAGCUCCGUGCAGGCGGGCAUGGAGGUCCUGCGGCGGCCGUCCGUGAUGGCUGCUGAGGUCCUGGAUGUGUUUGACCGAUCGCUGACGGAGAAGGAGCUGGUGUCCCAGUCUAAAGCCCUGUGCAGGGACUACAUACUGUCUAGACUCCACCAGAAUGGACAGGGAUGGUCCAAGACUGAACUCCACCUCUCUCCCUCAAGUGCAGCGCUCGCCGAGGUGUCUUUGGUGCUCCUCUGCCUUGGCGACGAGCUGGAGUCCAUACGGCCCAGUUUGUACAGGAACGUGGCGCGGCAGCUCAACAUCUCUGUUGCCAUGGAGAACAUGGUUUCAGAUGCCUUCAUCGGCGUGGCAACGGAGAUCUUCUCAACAGGGAUCACAUGGGGAAAGGUGGUGUCCAUGUAUGCAGUAGCCGGAGCCCUGGCGGUGGACUGUGUCCGUCAGGGCCACCCAGCCACCGUUCACAUCUUGGUGGCCAGUCUGGGACAGUUUGUCCGCAAGUUUCUGGUCCCCUGGCUGAAGAGACGGGGAGGAUGGGCGGAGAUGUGUAAAUGUGUGUUGAAGAAGGAUCUUCCCCCGGAGCACCACUGGCUGUCGUCUGCAAUGGAUUCCCUGAAAUACUUCCUCACCGCGCUGUACGUCUGCGUCAUGAAGGAGCCGUGAACGAGCGCAGGGACCAGGUUCUAUCUCAAGACUUAUUUAUAACAAUGGAUGGAGUCGAGAUGGCCGCCGUGCCGCCCGGCGCCGAAUAGCCAAUCAGCAAAUGUUUCAUCGGCAUCGUGUGUUUGCGUCCUCAACAGGUGAUUACCUCCAGCCAAAGCGUAGUCACUGUGGUGUUUAAGGGCAUAAAGAGCCAGGAAAAGGUGUGUAUGUGUUCCCCUCCGCCUCCUCUCUCCGCGCUGCUGCAGAAAAACGGGCUUUGUAGCAGGUUUUUUUUUUCUUGUGCGUGGCGGUUUUCAGGUUGCACCCGAGAGAGAAACCCUUUCACGCUUUUGAUUCCAUGUGUGUCUCUGUAAAUACGCCCGAGGGAGAAAUGAAAGCGUCAGCCACAAUCGAGAUGAGAGUUGAUCCUCAGCUGGCUGAGGCUCCAGAGUAUUCUGCGCCUGGAAAAGACGUCCGUCACGUGGUGAUUUACGCUGUUGUUCUUCGCCGUGACCGCACAAGCAGCGUCUCUACCAGGAUUAAAGUUUCUGCUACGCUUUGAGAAACUAUUGGAACAAGAAAUGUUUGGUCUCAUCUUUGUCCAAAGAAGGUACUUAUUGCAUCCACAUUGGUUUGGUGCAAUUAAUUUUCUUUUUUAAAUCUGUAAAUGUAUAUUUUUUUGGAUUAUGAGUAACGAUUGAAGCCCCUUCAGUAUACAGACAGGAUGAUUGUGUUGCAUGUUUGAUGGUUUUCACUUUAACAUUGUUAAUUUAUAAAUAUGUCUCAAUGUCUCUUUUUUUUUUUUUUUUUUUACGUCCUUAAUAAACCUAAAAUCUUAACA